CGCAAUAGAAUAGAAGAGAAGAGAAAAUAGAAGAAGAGAAUGGAUAACAUUACAGCAAGUGAAAUAGCUGGUUUAGCAGUUGGUGUUCUUCUUCUUUCUGCCACCAUUGCUGCUCCCAAAAUUGAUACUUUCUUCUCUUCUUCUCAACGCAGCUCAUUGGGGAUGUGCAAGAGAUGCGGCAAUCUAAGGAGAACAGCUUGCGCUAAAUGCAAAGGAACCGGAUCAAUCAAAGAAGGAGGGUUACUUAGUUUUAACUUUGUAGAUGACCUGUUUGAAACAAUCGGUAAUCGCGAAUCACAGGUAAAGAAGAUACCUUGUGUAAAAUGUCAAGCCAAAGGUUACUUUCCAUGUCCUGAUUGUUCUAAACUAUAAUCAGUGUGGUUUUAUCUUCUUUGCAUACAAGUAUUUUCUUGCCCACAUCAUUGAAUCUCAUGUAACAUCAGAAUCUUGCUUGUUUAUCAAGAUUCCUACGGUUUUGGAUUCUUACUAUGUAUACUUGUGUUUAUAUGAUAUUUCGAAAGUAAGAAGUCUCCCAUUGCGUAAUAUGCCAACAAUUUGAAAGUUUAUAUGUAAUGGUGGAAAUAGGUUACGCCGAACUAAAUUUUGUAUAAUGAGGUUUGAUAUGCUAAAAAAUUCAAGGCCUAAA